AUGCAAUUUCCAUUCGUUGUAGCCAUCUUGGCAGCACAAGCUUGUGCAUUUCCUCUCAAGUUCGCCAAAAGAGCAGACAACUCGAGUGUAUCCUCCACUUCAAGCGGAAGCUUAAGCAGCGCUGGCGCCUCGAGCGGUAGCAGUGUCACUGACAUUUUGACCACAACUAUGACCUCUGACAUUUGGAUCACUGUGAAGGGCUCGAAACCACCUGGAUCCACUACUGAUUCUGGUUCGGUCUCGACAACGCCUAGUGGGUAUGCUGCCGACAGAUCGUUGGUAGCUGUUUCCGAGUCCACUGUUACCUCUGUCGUUCCCUCUACUGUAACUUUGUACUCAACCAUGACUGUAAACAAUUCUCCUGUGGUGACGCCUGUGAGCACAUACACUGCAUACCCAACCACUACUUCUACCAUCACUACAUUCUUCACUGUGACUUUGCCUAGCCCUACAGCCACUGGCGGUAGUGGUUCCGGUAGUGGUAGUGGUAGUGGAUCAAAUGGAUCAAAUGGAUCAGGUAGCGGGUCUGGCAGCAAUCCAGGUUCAGGUUCAGGUUCCGGUUCCGGUUCAGGUUCUGGCUCAGGUUCUGGCUCAGGUUCUGGCUCAGGUUCUGGCUCAGGGUCCGGUUCUGGCAAUGCUGCUAAGGACGUAUGUGUCCCUUCUACUGUCACUGUCACCAUUACCCAAGCACCUACACCUACCUCCGGCGGCAGCCUGAAUGGCCAGGCACAGGCUGCACAAGGCGCUUCCGUGCAAGUGUCUACCAUCACCAAAACGCUCACAACCUCCUUCCCUAUUGUGGCUGCCUUCACCAAUGACGGCACCACCACCACACUUACUUCGUACGUGACGAUGUUCACGACCCAGACGUCGUUGAGUACCUCCACAUUGACAGCCAACUAUUGGCCAUCAUUGUCCACCUCCUACGGUAACCAAACUACCGGAUAUUACCAGCGCCGUGGCCUUUAG